AUGUCCGCCGACCUGUUCGCUGCCUUUUUGGCAGAGAGAGUAACGCCGGAAGCCCCGCUUGAAUCCCUCACUCAGCAUAAGAUGUCUCCUAGGGAGGAACAUGUCCAUUGCAGCCCGUCAACUCCUAUAAAGAGUACCAUAAAGCGGACGCAGCAGCCGACUGACCCUUCUCUACUAUUGAAUCGAAGCAAUGAUGGCGCCGACAUCCUCUUCGACGCAGAUGAGGCCGCCCUCGACGACGACUUUGGUGAUUUUGAAACCGUAGCAAAGCCGUCAAUUGAUGAGGCAGAUCUCACAAGUGGCCUGGAUGCAUCUCAAUCGGCGCAUCCUAGAACUGUAACAUCAGUCUCGCGUCUUGUCCCUGAUCUUCUGGAUAUGAAUGAUGGCAUUCCGGAAGCAGCCGGUGCGGCUGACAAGGUGUCCUGGCCAGAGUCUGCCUUUCACAGACACUCUGCAAUCCCACGCCGCAGUACUGAGAACGCUAAUGCUACGGUGAAUGAUGCUUGGGGAGACUUCGAACAGACAGUGUCACAGGACACGCCUGCAGUGGAUAAUCUGGCUUUUGGAUCGCGACGAAAAUCCCAGACUGUGAAGGAAGAGAUGGCCGCCGACUCGGCAGACGAGGAAUGGGAGCCAUUCGACGAGGAGCCACGCUCUGAUGGAAGUUAUGCCACUGGUGCCCCCAAGCUACCUGGGUCUUUGCCCAGUGAACCUGUACGAGCCACUCCAGGGCAUCCUCGUUCUCUGACCGUGCUUGACAGACCGAGCAACGUACCACCGCCAUCGUCGCUUCUGCAGCUACUUUCAGCGGUCUUCCAAUCCAUUCGCAGGGGCAACGCUGAUACUCAUACGACAAAAUCAGACCUGGCAUCGCAGGUGCUGCUUGCGUUCAGGACUGCAAGUCGAAUAAUCGCAGGGAGGACGUUGCGGUGGAAGAGAGACUCACUUCUGGCACAAAGUGUGCGGAUUGGACAAGCUGGCAAAAGUGGCGGCAUGAAGUUGGUGGCGGUGAACAAGAGCGAAACCAGCAAAGAAGAAAGAGAAGUGGAAGAUAUGAUUCAAGACUGGUCCAACUACAUUCAUGAGUUUAACGGCAUUAUUUCACGAGCCGGUCUGCCGCCAUCUCGUAUGAGGCUUUAUCCCCGGAUCCCCUUGAAGGCUGGGAAACACCCGAAUAGCUCUGAUUCCUCUAAACAAUGCGCACUAUGCGGCCUGAAGAGGACUGAGAGAUUGAGUGAAGUUGAUACCGACGUCGAGGACCUUUUCGGCGAAUUCUGGGUUGAACAUUGGGGCCACAGGGACUGCUGUGAUUUCUGGUAUUCGUACAAGGCCAUGCUAGGACAACGCUGA